GUUCUUAUCGCUUCACAUAGCAUCCAUUGAACAAUUUGAUUUGGAGAUUAUCCUUCCGUGAUACCUGUAGUCACGGUGAACACAUCUACAGCCUCUCGAAAACCUGUAUAAUCAGUUAAAAUACAGUCUAAAUUCGAGGCUCAAGGUUUAAGGUCAGAGAGGUUUACUGAACUUGAUAAUAUUGUUUGGUAUUUUAUUCAAAGCCAGAUUACUUAUACGAUUGGCUACUAGCAUAAAUCCGGUGCCUUACAUGAUGGUUGAGAGCAUUAUAGACAGACGAGUUCGCCGUGGUCGCGUGGAGUACCGUGUUAGAUGGAAAGGGUUUCCUCCGGAGCAAGAUUCUUGGGAACCCUUUACCAGUCUUCGCGAACCAUGCCUUUCAUUAAUUCAAGACUUUCACAUCCGUUAUCGCAAACUUCAUCAUGGUAAAAGGCGUUACUCUCUACCCUUGGUUUCUCGUAGUAAGCUUUUGAAGUGUGAAACAGAUGAAUUUCAUGACAUGUCUGCAAAAUUAGAAAAAGAUAGCGAUGACGACUUAGCUGCAGACAAGAGCAGUAUUUCGUCUACCAAAAGCCAACCACCUCCACUUCCUUUUAAGUUAGGUAAGAGAAAUACCGUACGGCCAACGUCGCGUCGUUCUGCUCCAAGUUCAGUAGCCUUAGGUUCGACUAGUUUAUUUUCGUUACAACCGGGAACUUAUUCUAGCCACUCGUCAUCCCUUCCGAGUUCUGAGUCCAGUGUUUCGCAAACACCAUUAGUCUGCGAUCCAGGUGCGAUGUUGAACAUCCAAACACUUGAUCGUUCAGAUCAUACGAUACACCCAGAUAAUGGUUGGGUUCCCUGUGAAGUUUCUGGUGCUUCAACUGGUUCACUAUCUAGUCCCAAUACAAUCCAGGCUGAAGAUGACUGUAAAGUUCGCAUGGAUAAAGUUCCUGUUGCCGGACUUUCUAAAGAUAACUGCAGAGAUACUUCACAACGAUUACAAAAAACAUCAAGAUCACUUCCUGACCAAUCAAACCGUAAUACUCACAAGUCUAGCAAACGCAAAUUGCAGCCGAAUGAUGGUGCUUGUAAACAAAAUGAUCCAGUAUCUGCAAAUCAGCAAGUUUCUCAAAACUUCCUGAAGGGAGAUAAAAAUGUAGGUAACUUCACUACCACUGAUACCCAAGAAAAUUCUCUCCUCGGACAAACACGUAAAUCUGUUACGAUUAUGCUAAAGGCUUCUCCCACACAUGAGUUUCAGAGCACUAGAUCUCUCCACCGCAGUAAUUCACCAAACUCUAAAUCUCUUCCUACUACUGCCUCUAAACCGGUUUCCAAAAAGCGUGUUCAGCCUACUAGUGCAACUUCAAAGCCGGAACAAGAUGUUGAUGCUUCCGAAUCCCUACCAUCAUGUGAAGAUCAAUCUCCCAUAUCUGAUUCUAUCAUAUCAAAAGUCAUGAAUAUCGUCGUUCAUCUGAAAAACCUAAGAAGACGCCCUGUACAAGAGAUUGUCCUGGCACUUUGCCAAAAGCACCAUAGUAUUCCUGAAAGCCUCGUUUUAUCUUCUCUAGACAUCUUAGUAACACGAGGUCACUUACACCGUGUUGAGUCAGCCAAGGGUAUAUCUUAUCGUUCCAACCCUUUUGUUGUGGCUCGGGGGGACCUAAAGAAACCUGCAUCUCUAUCAGCCAAAAUUAAAGCCAAAUAUAAUGGUGGAGUGAAUGGAAAACGACCCAAGUGCACGACGUCUGCUGUACCUGAGCCUAAACGACCGAAUUCAUUGGAGUCACCAAGCCAUUCUUUAUCUAAAAUUGCGCGAACUGAUCCAUCAACCAAUGUUCACCAGCGCUCUAGUCGGAGAUCCGUAACAUAUGGAUCAGUGGCUUCUGAAAAAUCCAAUACGCACUGUUCUUGUUACUCAGAUAUCAAUGGAAAAAUCUACUUCAAUCAGUCUUCUGUUAUUGUGGAUGAUGUACAAGUAAAUCAGGAUCAUACCAUACAUCUUGACGGAGGAGAUUAUUCAAUGAGUGUUAAAUCACCAUCAAAUAUUCUUCAACAAGGCACCAAGAUAUUUAUUGUACCUCCGGCUAGUCCAUUAAAUGAAACAACUUUUGAAAGUCAAAUGAAUAACUUACCAUUUCAUCGAUCUGAGCAACCUAAUCAAAGUUCAUGUAAUAAUUUGAGUUCUACAUCUGGGUCCAAUCUCGAUAGCUCAAGCAUUCCACAAACAAAUUCAAGACGUAGUAAUCGACAAGUAGAUGGUUAUAAAUUCAAAUCGAUUUGGGUAAAGAAAAAUAUACAAGAUGGAUUUACAGAAGUUUGGUUACAAUCCCCUGGUUCUUUUCUAAAAAAUGGAUUCACAAUUCAGGUCCUUGAAGAAUUAACAAUUGUUUUGAACCGAGCAACACAUGAUACAAGUCGUUUAAUCAUGAUUUCUGGUACAGGAACUGUGUUUAGCUCUGGAAUAGACUUGACAACAAUUACGGGCGAUCUUUUAAGAAGUGCAUUUAUUGGUCCAUCUUCAUGUGAUUCAUCUCGCAGUUCAUCCUCUAGUUCAGCCAAUGUAUUCGCUUCACGUAAUUCAAAUCAUCAUAAAAUUGGAGCUGAUAAUUCAAAAUCACAUCAUUCUGAUAAUACAAAUUGUUCAUUUUCUCAAACUAACUAUGACUCAAAUUUAAAUUCAUCAUCUCACAGAAAUAUAAAUAGAGUCCAUUCAUUUUUCUGCUCACCAAAUUCUUCAAAUGUCGGACGUCUAGCGGCAGCUUUAAGAUCAUUUUUAUUGGCAUUAGUUUCGUUUCCUAAACCUGUUGUAGUUGGUGUGAAUGGUCCAGCAUUAGGACUGGCUGUUGCUAUGUUACCUUUGUGUGACAUUGUUUACAUAAGUGACUCAGCUACAUUUUAUAUGCCAUAUACUCGACUUGGUCAAAUUCCUGAAGGAGCAUCAACUUACACUUUAAACAGUCUUGUUGGUAUGCCUUUGGCAAACGAACUAUUAUUAGCAGGUCGUAAAUUGUCCGCACGUGAAGCUUUACAACGAGGUUUAGCUUCUGAUCUUUUGUUCCCCAAAAGUUUUAAACAAGAACUACUUCUCCGUUGUCGAAAAUUAGCAGAAAAUUCGUGUAUGUCAUUGGAAAUCACUAAAUGUAUGAUGAAAAUGCAACAUCGUGAACGUAUUGAAUAUGUGAUUAAUGCCGAAUGUAAAAAACUAUUAGAAUGUUGGCAAACUGCAGAAUUUCGUUGUACAGCUAUGGAGUUCAUUUUAAAUGAAAUGGAUGAUUUUGUGUAAAUAUACUGUCUUGUUCUACUUUUCCGUAUUCAAUUAUCUCAUUUAUAUCACGAUAAAUUGUUACUAUUACUAAAACAAUUAUUGUCAUCGUCAUAAAUCAUUAUUCUAUGUUAAUAUAACGUUUUAUACAAUAAAAUUUAUGCAAUCAUACACACUAGUGUUAUUUCAGUGUAUGACAUUCCAUAUUCUUUCGUUUUUCUAUAAUCAUACAUAACAUGUAUCAGUUUUCUAUAAUCAUUAUUAUAAUAGAACCAUAUCUGUAUAUUUUUGUUUGGUCUUUCACAUUUUUAAAACUAUAAUCCUGUUCACCCAUACUUCCUGUUUAUCUCGCCAUUCUAUCCCUUUUAAAUCAUUGGUGAUUUUAAUGAUUGUAAAAUUUACAUUUCUCUUCGUGUAUGUGUCUGGACGUGUACAUAUUUGUGUACUUUAUCUUCCACUAAUGUCGUUGAAAUGCAUGUUCAUAUAUAUACAGUGCCUAGUCUUUUACUAAUAAUUUUUAUCUUCUCUCCGGUAGCUACUGUCAUAGUUGACAGUUGUAUCAUUUCCGUCUGGCUAUUUUUCUUCACCAAUCUAUCUUAUUUCAUUUCUUAAUGUCAAUCUGUACUCAUUAUUACUAUUAUUAUAAUUGCUGUUACGUUUUUAAUCAAUCAAUGUUUUACAAUCUCUACACCUUUUUGACAAUCCAUUCAUUAUUUGAUGUUUAACACAAAGAAGCAGCUCAUGUUUUUUCGUAUCUGUGUAUAUUUUGUUUAUUUGCAUGUGAUACGAGAGAAAUAUACUGUAGUUUACUUCCUUCCAUUAUUCCUUUUUUUGUAAAAGAAAACUAUAUUUUUAAAAAGAGAAGUGUUCAUCCAGUUUGUCAUAACUUUCCGUUCCAAUUCUGAAUUUUCAGGAUUUCAGUGGGUUUUUUUACAUUGUAGAAUAAUAGGUUAGUUGGAUGGGUAAAAUCAAUUUUCUGGCAUUUUAUUGGUUGUUAUCGUUGUUACUGUUGGUCUUAUCGAGGACUUUCCUGUAAAAAAAUAAAUUUCUACCGUACCUGUAAAGGGUUGUUUUUUAUCGUUGUUUCUCUUCAUUUAUCGUGAUUGAUUUAUUCAAACAAAUAAACUGCUAAUUGUCAU